AUGAAAGUUUUAAAGAAGAGAUCUAAGAGUCGCUUCGAAUUAGUUAAAGUACAUAAUAUCGAAGAAAAAGUAGAUGGAAAACGUGGCAGUCGUUUUCUAUUUGAAGCUGUCUUAAUGGAUACGACAGAAAAUAAAUUAUAUCGUGUUUCGGAAUAUUUUCAACGAAGUACAGAACCAAUGUCAUUUAAAAAAGCUAAAUUAUGCCAUUUGACAGAUUUAUCAUGGGAUCCAAAGACUCCAGUCUAUGUCAUAGUUCCAAUUAAACAACAAGGAGAAUGGAUACGCUAUCUUAUUAAUCAAUUAAGUCGUUACUACAAGCAAACUCAUGAUGACCAUUUUACCCUUAUUAUCACCGAUUUCAAUAGUACUGAUGUUGACAUUCCAGCGUUAUUGAAGUCAAGCUCGCUAAAACACCAUUACAUGAACAUUAAAACUGAAAACUUUCAAUUUUCUAAAACUGCAGCAAUCAAUAGUGCAGCUACAUGGAUUCGUAACGAUGAUGCUAUCCUAUUAAUGUAUGAUUUACAUCUUACGUUUCCAGUCGAUAUGUUAGAUAAUGUUAGGAAACGAUGUAAGCAAGGAAAAGCAGCAUAUUUUCCGAUUGUAACAAGAUUAGGUUGUGGCUUUGCACCAAGAAAUCCGAAUGGCUAUCCUGAAAUAUGGGGAUUCGGUAUAGCUGCAUUUUAUAAAUCGGAUUACGUUAAUAUCGGUGGCAUGGAUGAUAAAAGGUAUCAAUUUGAAUGGGGUGGUGAAGAUUCUGAUAUAGCAGAUCGUACGAUAUCUAAUUCAUUAGAAAUUGAAAGACUUCUCCAUCCAUAUUUCUUUCAUUAUUAUCAUCGUCGACUACCUUGGAAGAAAGUUAUAGCAGAAGAAGAGGAAGAAAACAAAGAUGUUAAUGAGCCUAAAAAAAUAAAAGAAAUUCAAGCAUGA